AUGGGUAAUGAGACCCUUCAACAGUUCGCCGCUCUUGAUCUCGACUACUUGAUUAUAGGUGGAGGUACCGCAGGUCUAGCUAUUGCUGCACGCCUCACCGAGGAUCCCGAAUUUCGCGUGGGAGUCAUCGAAGCCGGCCCAUCGGUCUUAGACAUAGAUGAUAAUGGUGCGAUCAAUGUUCCUGGUCGGUAUGGCGAAACCAUCGGGUCGAAAUACGAUUGGAAAUUCAAAACUACCCCACAACCGGGUCUAGGAGGAAGAUCACUACCAUGGCCACGAGGUCGUAUAUUAGGCGGCACGAGUGCGCUUAAUCUUAUGGCCUGGAAUCGGGGUCAUCGAAAAGACUAUGAUGCUUGGGCGGAACUGGGGAAUGAGAAAUGGGGAUGGGAAGAUCUACUGCCUUUUUUCCGUCGCAGCGAGAAUUUCCAUCCACCGAGUGUCGCUCAUCAGAAACAUUAUCACUCUUCCUAUGAUCCCCAGGCUAAUGGAACGAAAGGCCCUAUACAUACAACUCAUGCCAAGCAGUAUGGCCCCACACACCAAUAUUGGCACGAGGCGCUCAAUAGUCUGGGGGUUCCAUCUACGCGCGAUAGUCUGGCUGGCGAUAAUACAGGAGUUUGGAACAUGCUCUGCACAAUUGAUCCAGAUACUCAGGAGCGCAGCUACUCUGCCUCGGCAUACUAUCACCCCAUUGCGAAACGUCCAAACUUGCAUAUACUGACUGAAGCAACUGCCAUGGAGAUCUUGUUUGAAUCUGAAGAUGAUGAUUGGUACGCAGUAGGGGCUCGAGUACGCUGGAACGGACUGGAAGCAAAUAUCAAAGCAUACGAAGAGACAAUCAUCUGUGCCGGUAGCGUGCAAUCACCACAACUUCUGGAGUUAUCCGGUAUUGGCAACCAGGAUGUGUUGGAAGCUGCUGGGAUUGAGACGAAAGUUCACAGCCCAAAUGUAGGAGAGAAUCUACAGGAACAUAUGAUGACUGCCACCAUCUUCGAAAUACCCUCCACGAUUCCAACCCGUGAUGACAUUCUCAAAGAUCCAAUUCAGCGCGAAGCUGCGGACUGCGCCUAUUACGCUUCUCAGACCGGGCCUUGGACUGUGAUGCCCUGUUCAGUGGCGUACUGUCCGCUAUCGAAGAUCCUAUCGCCUGAGGAAUGCGAUGAACUACACACCCAGGCUAAGGAAGUUGCGCGAGGUACAGGACGUACACAUGACGCUAUUUUAGCCAGCCAAUUCGAGUCUGGUGAAGCGCGCGGUCAAAUCGAGUAUCUCUUCGAUCUGGGUAACUGGAGCCCAUAUUUUGUCUCUGAGCCCGGAAAGAAAUACGCCACAAUGCUGCAAAUGCUGCAGUACCCUUUCUCGCGCGGGUCUAUUCAUAUACCCCCUAUGAGCGACAACAAUUAUGAAAAGGCCACCAUUGAUGACAAACCCGUGAUUGAUCCGCGUUAUUUUCUAGGACCUGGGGAGAUUGAUAAGAAGGUCAUGGCCAAAGCGCUCAGAUGGGGAGAUCAAAUCUGUCAAACCGAGCCUUUGGCCAAACUCAUUCGCGGUCGAGUAUUUCCUCCUCCUGCUAAGGCGGGAGACUCCGAGGAGAAAGUCUUCGAAGAGUUUGUGUCAAAUUAUACUGUCACCGACUGGCACCCAGUUGGAACCUGCGCUAUGGGUGAAGCAGACGGGAUCAAUGGUGGAGUUGUGAAUGAUAUGCUACAGGUACAUGGUGUCCAUGCUUUGCGGGUUGUAGAUGCUAGCAUCAUGCCAUUGCAGGUUGGGGCACACAUCCAAGCUACCGUAUAUGCGAUUGCCGAAAAGGCGGCGGAGAUGAUCAUAGAGGACUAUUUUGCUCGAAAUGGUCCUCUAUAA